UAGGAUUAUUUUCUCUCUCUCUGCGCCACUCCUUCUUUCUUCUGUAUCUAACGGAUUGAUUGACAUACUACUUCUUUUUACGUCCUUUUUUAAUUCUCACAUUACCGCUGGUCAAAAUGUCUUCUCCCCGCCCAACCUCCCCACUGAACUCCCCACCCGCAUCGGGUGCCGCCACGGGAGCUCGCCCAGAAUCGCCUCCCCCGCCGGGUGGUGCGCGCGCCGUGAUCCGCCGCCGGGCUGCGGCCGACCAGAAGGAGAAGGUGGCGAGCGCGAGACCGAACAGCACGCGGGCGGCGGGAGCUGGUGGGAGCAGCAGCACUAUGUUGAGACUCUACACCGACGAGUCUCCCGGUCUGAAGGUCGAUCCCGUGGUCGUCCUCGUUCUGUCCCUGGUCUUCAUCUUCAGCGUGGUCGCUCUGCACAUCAUUGCCAAGAUCACCCGCAAGUUCUCCAGCUAGACGAAAAGCCGAUCGAUAUGGAAAUGGGAACGCCGAGGAUGGGGAUAUUGCUAUGGAGAAUCGAGAAGAGAGAAAAUAUGAUGCUACUGUUGUCAAGGUAGUGGGGCUGCUUGGGAAAACGCGGCCGGCCUGGACGGUACGAUACGAUUCGGGACAAGGCGAGAAUCGCUUGUAAUGUCGCUCUGCAGCAGCGAUUAUACGGCGAGACUGUCUAUUUUUGGCCCUGGCUUGCUAUCCUACGAAGAAAGAAAAACCAUCUUGCUCCUUUGCGGCGUCGGGGCUACUUAAGGGGGGUGAUUGAUCAAUCGGACUUGCAUUCGGAUUAUC